AUGUCCGACUUUGAAGACGAAAUGGACGUGGACUCUGCGCCCGCCCAGAGCAAGGAUAUCGUCUUUUCCGCCGAGGCCAGCAAAGGCAAGCGAAGCACAGCAAACCUGCCCGUCGAGGCCGAAGACACCCUACCAUGGAUCGAAAAGUACCGACCAGAGUCCCUCGACGACGUCGAAGGCCACCAGGACAUCCUCGCCACCAUUAACAAGUUUGUCGACUCCAACCGCCUGCCGCACCUGCUCCUAUACGGCCCGCCCGGCACGGGCAAGACCUCGACCAUCCUGGCCCUCGCGCGGCGCAUCUACGGCGCCUCCCAGGUGCGGCAGAUGGUGCUGGAGCUCAACGCGUCCGACGACCGCGGCAUCGACGUGGUGCGCGAGCAGAUCAAGACGUUUGCCUCCACCAAGCAGAUCUUCAGCAUGGGCGGCGGCUCCAAAACAUCCAUGGCGGGGUACAAGCUGAUUAUCCUCGACGAGGCCGACGCCAUGACCAACACGGCGCAGAUGGCGCUGCGCCGCAUCAUGGAAAAGUACACGGCCAACACGCGCUUCUGCAUCAUUGCCAAUUACGCGCACAAGCUCAGCCCCGCGCUGCUGAGCCGCUGCACGCGCUUCCGCUUCAGCCCGCUAAAGGAGGCCGACAUCCGGCAGCUGGUGGUCAAGAUUGUCGACGAGGAGAAUGUGCAGAUUGGCGCCGAGGCGGUGGACGCGCUGGUCCGGCUGAGCAAGGGCGACAUGCGCCGUGCUCUGAAUGUCCUCCAAGCAUGCCAUGCAUCUAGCACCCCUCUGCGAGCCCCCGGCGCCGCCAAGGUCCCCGACGGCGAGAUCCAGCGCGAGACCAUCACGACCGAGACCAUCUACACCUGCAUCGCCGCGCCCGCGCCCGACGCCAUCCAGCAGAUCAUGGCGACGCUGCUCGGCACCGCCGACGUCACCAGCUGCCUCACCACGAUAAACUCCAUCAAGCGCCUGCAGGGCCUCGCCCUCGCCGACGUCAUCACCGCGCUGGCCGAGGAGCUCGCCAAGCUCGACGUCGCGCCCGAGGUCAUGAUCACCUGGCUCGAGGGGCUGGCCGAGAUUGAGCACCGCGUCGCGGGCGGCGGCAGCGAGGUGCUGCAGACGGGCGCCGUGGUCGGCGUGGUGCGCAACGGCGUGGAGCUGAUGAGUCGGUGA